AUGUCCGUUAGCCACCCAUCAAAAAAUGGUCUCUUAUUACUCUUACAAGCAGCCAAAAAGCUGGAUGAAGAAGAAUCGUUACACCGCUAUUCACAUAAUUCUGAAAAAUGGGAACAUCGACAUUCUCAACGGAAUUAUGCAGAGACGAACUCAUCAACCUAUUCCUCUCACAACUAUGGCACACAAAAACGACCUGUUACAUCUGUGAGAUGCACUCAUAAUGAACUUGAAAAGAGUCGUCGUGCCCAUCUUCGUACAUGUAUGGAAACGCUAAAAGAGCGUUUGAAUUUCGAUAAUGACGUCCCAAGGAUAACUAUGUUAACGGUACUUAAGAAGGCGACGGCUACAAUACAGCUCUUGAAGCAGAAGAAACAAUGCCUAGAAAGUUAUGAGGAUAGUGAAAAACAGAGAUGCGCCCAGUUGCUGAAGCGACGUCAAGCACUUCGAAAGAAGUUGGAAGAAAAACGUAGCCGAUCACUGAAAUUGCAGAAUUGGAAAGAACGAAACCGCAAUUGUUCAGAAUGUUCUAUUGCAACUACAUCUUCAGAUGAUUCUGAAAUGGAUUUACGAUCGGGUACUGGGUCAACUCCACCUACACAAUCGCUUAAUAAUGGCAUACAACUACCUAAUACGGCAGCAGCGGGAAUCAAUACAUGUACAAAUGAUCCAAAUUAUAUUAUACAAUUGUCUAAACAUAGAAGUCUCAGCUCACCAACAGGUACUAUGAGCAGUUCACCUGUUGGUUUGGAUGCUUUUGAUGCUAGUAGCUCUGAUUCAGGAUUUGAGGAAAUUACUAUUACCUCAAGUGGCAUAAUGUCUCCAAAUGAUAACUCAAUGGCCUAUUGCAUCAACGAUAGAUCUCAAUGUGUUACAGCAUAUCCAAACAAGGUGUGCAGGGCCUGCUAGAGAGAUAUGUUUGAUUUUUAGCCAAUUAUGUUGUUAUCCCUUUCCAUCGACUGUUUUGUUGUUCAUUCUAUACAGAAUAUUUUUCAUUUGCGUGCAUCAUAGUCAAUGCUGCGAAUUGGACAUUUUGACGGCUUUCAAUCACAUUGUGCCAAUCAAAUUCCUUACACAAUGUUUACAUUUAGUGCAGUUUAUUUAUAUAUAUGCUCAAUUUCAUCGUCGUUUGGAAUCUUCGCCUUGUUGAAAGCAUCAUGGAGCAACUAAUUUGUAGCAGUUCGACUUUCAUCUUUAUAUCAUCGUCAUCCAUAUUCUGAAUUAUAUUUACAUUUCAACUGUCGACAGAUGAACAUCAAUUAGAGGAUCACUACUAGUAAGCAGUACUGGACAGAGGUUUCGUCCUAGUUUCGAACUCUUCAGCAGUACCUUACCCACCACCAGGGUUCGAACCCAGAACUUUACGGUCGUAAAGCAAACUCGUAGACCAUUCAAAUCAAUGGGACUUCACUCAAUAGCCAGCCAAUGAAUUCCACCUUCAAUCUCUCCAACUUUCGUGGUCUUGUAGUGUACAUUGGACUUUUCAACUUUCGUUUCAACGCACUCACCCACUUUUGGCGCUACUUCAUCUUUUGAUUUGUGACUC